AUGACCGGUCAAUCGGUGAGCAAGGGAACGAGUGAGGGAGCGAAUGAGGGGGUGAGUAAGGGAGUGAGCGAAGGAGUGCCUGUGGGUGUGAGUUCACAGGAAGCUGGGGAGCUGAGAGGUCAAGACGGGUCACACGGGGUGGAGGAGGAAAGGAGGGAACUCGGGGAUGCAACGCAGACAGAAUGUGUGGGGGGGUUUGAGCGGAGAGGAGAGACUGAAAAGCCAGCAGGAGAAGGAGAAGGGAAGGAAGGAUCUUUAGAUGCCUAUCCAGUACCGAUUGAGAGGGCGACAGAUGCUGCAUGUGGGGGAGUGGAAGAAGGGGGUGAUGCAAGGAAUGGUGCUAGCAGUGGUGCUGGGAGUGCUACUACUAGUAGUGCUUGUAGGAGUGAUACUAGGGUGAGUGGUGAAAAGAGUAGGGAUCAGGGCGGCCAGAAGGGUGGGAAAGGAGGUGAGAGAGAAAUGCCAGACAGAAAUGAAAACACACAUUUGCUAAAAUCACAGCAGCAGCAGCAGCAGCAGCAGCAGCAGCAGCAGCAGCAGCAGCAGCAGCAGCAGCAGCAGCAGCAGCAGCAGCAGCAGCAGCAGCAGCAGCAGCAGCAGCAGCAGCAGCAGCAGCAGCAGCAGCAGCAGCAGCAGCAGCAGCAGCAGCAGCAGCAGCAGGAACAGCAGCAGCCGUUGCAGCAUGUCUCCACAAACCCCCACAACCCGAACCACACCCCAUCCUUCCCCCGCGCUCCCAGGAAUGCCACGGAGCAGCAGCUAGCAGCAGCAAGCUCCACGCUCACCACGUGUCUGCGCCGCCUGCACCUGCUGCGCCGCAGGGAAGACCAGCUGCUGCUCGACCUGCGCCUGCGCUCCGCUUCCUCUCCCCUGAGCUCCCUUGCCCCUGGUGAGCUUCUUUUGAGACGUCUGGUGGUGAGCUGCCGCCUCAAAAGCAGCUCUGGUGAACUGCCGCCUCAAAAGCUAGCUUCUCUCUCACCUCUGCUGGGUGGGGCGCCUCAUGCUGCUGCAACUCACACUGCCCCACUGGCAUAUGCUGCACCGACAGCACCAGCAGCGGGAGGAGCAGGAGUAGUAGUAGGAGGAGGAGUAGGAGGAGGAGGAGGAGGAGGAGGAGGAGGAGGAGGAGGAGGAGGAGGAGGAGGAGGAGGAGGAGGAGGAGGAGGAGGAGGAGGAGGAGGAGGAGGAGGAGGCCAAUUAGGAGGAGGGUCCCACUCCCAGUCUCUCUUAGCAGCAGUGAAGGGUGAAGAGGUGCAACAGCAGCAGCAGCAGCAGCAGCAGCAGCAGCAGCAGCAGCAGCAGCAGCAGCAGCAGCAGCAGCAGCAGCAGCAGCAGCAGCAGCAGCAGCAGCAGCAGCAGCAGCAGCAGCAGCAGCAGCAGCAGCAGCAGCAGCAGCAGCAGCAGCAGCAGCAGCAGCAGCAGCAGCAGCAGCAGCAGCAGCAGCAGCAGCAGCAGCAGCAGCAGCAGCAGCAGCAGCAGCAGCAGCAGCAGCAGCAGCAGCAGCAGCAGCAGCAGCAGCAGCAGCAGCAGCAGCAGCAGCAGCAGCAGCAGCAGCAGCAGCAGCAGCAGCAGCAGCAGCAGCAGCAGCAGCAGCAGCAGCAGCAGCAGCAGCAGCAGCAGCAGCAGCAGCAGCAGCAGCAGCAGCAACAGCGGUCCUCCUCAUCCACUCUCAGGGCAGGCCCCCUGGCCCCUCUGUCCAUUCCCCCGCGCCCUCCCCUUCGCUCCCACGCCAGCAAGAAGGCUGCUGUUGCCACUGCUGCUGCGGGGACUGGUGGAGGGAUGGGAGUGGGAGGAGGUGCAGGAGGAGGGGAAGGAGAAGGAGGGGUGACAGGAGGGGAUGGGACGAUGAAAGGAGGGGAGGGUGGUGGUGGUGUGGCGUCUAAUGUUCCUCCCGCUGCUUCUGUUGAAGGAACAGAAAGGGGACAUGCGAUUGCUGCUGCUGCUGCUGCUGCUGCUGCUGCUGCUGCUGCGGCUUCCACUGCCGUGGCUACUCGCCCUGCUGCUGCUCCUGCUGCUCCUGUUCCUGCUGCUGUCCCAGCUGACGCCAGGUUGCGUGCUCCUUCCGCCCCGGGGCAGCAGCAGGGCAGCACAUUGCGGGUGGAAAGCACCUUGCAGGGGCAGCAGGGCAGCACAGGGCCUCACCUGUACAGCAGGAGGCGUCAAGAGGGGGGUUGGGUGGGAGUUCUGGGAGGGGAGGGGGUGAAGGAGACGGGGAGGGGGGAGGAGGAGGACGACGAGGAGGAGGAGGAGGAGGAGGAGGAGGAGGAGGAGGAGGAGGAGGAGGAGGAGGAGGAGGAGGAGGAGGAGGAGGAGGAGGAGGAGGAGGAGGAGGUGGGGUUGAAGGAGUAG